AUGAGUGUCAUUCACUUUGUACUUCUAAUCAGUCGGCAAGGGAAAGUCAGGUUGACAAAAUGGUAUUCCACUUAUUCUAAGAAGGAAAGAACCAAGGUCAUACGUGAGCUGAGUGGUGUGAUUCUCACAAGAGGGCCCAAACUCUGCAACUUUGUGGAAUGGAGAGGAUUGAAAGUUGUUUACAAAAGAUAUGCCAGUCUUUACUUCUGCAUGUGCAUUGACCCGGAUGGCAAUGAACUAGAGAUUCUAGAAAUCAUUCAUCACUACGUUGAGGUUCUCGACAGAUACUUUGGCAGUGUCUGUGAACUUGACUUGAUCUACAACUUCCAUAAGGCUUACUAUAUACUAGACGAGAUCUUGAUCUCUGGUGAAUUUCAAGAACCGAGCAAGAGAAGCAUUGUGCGUUCCGUAGCUGCACAGGAUUCACUGGUGGAGACUGCAAAAGAGCAGACCGGUUCCAUCAGUAACAUACUUGCACAAGCCGCGAAAUAA